AUGCCGAAGGAUAUUUGUGGAGUUCUGUUCCAUUGGGUCCUAUUUCGGUUAUUUGGACAACAACAACCAAUGUUGGAAGAAGAACCGGAGAGGAGGAGGAGGAGACACUGGAUUCAUCCCAUUGUUGCGCAGAGAAUUCAGAAGGGACAAUUUCACACACUUUAUAAUGAUCUGCGUCAAGACCCCUUCAAGUUUCACAAUUUUUGCCGUAUGUCCAUGGAGUCAUUUGAUCACCUUUUGACGUCUCUCCACCCUGACCUUAACUUCAGGGACACUAGCAUGCGGCGCAGCAUCUCUGCCGAACAAAGGCUUAUUGUCACGUUGAGAUUCCUUGCAACUGGAAAUUCGUUUGCAUCGCUGCACUUUGAAUUUUUGCUAGGGAUCUCAACUAUCUCUGGGAUUGUCUGCCAUACGUGUAAAGUCAUAUGGCAGCGACUCAGAGAUGCGGUGAUGCCCACCCCCAAGGCGGAAGAUUGGCUUCGUAUCGCCGAGGGUUUUUUCCAAUCCGCGCAGUUUCCAAACUGCAUUGGGGCACUGGACGGAAAGCACAUCCGUGUGAAGAAACCGCCUCACUCAGGGUCCCGGUUCUUCAAUUACAAACAAUAUUUUUCUGUAGUGCUGAUGGCCUUAGUUGACAGUAACUACAAGAUACAUGAUGCCUCCGCUGAUGCUGAUUUGGGUCAAAAUGUGCCAUCUUCAGUCAAUUUUGAUCUCAGUCGGACUGGAAGACCGGGAACGGCUGGGCUAGCUGUUCGGGAUUUCUAUGCCGACUUUUUCAGCAGUCCAGAGGGGGCAUUACCGUGGCAAUUGGAAGCCAUCCGUGGAAGUCGUUGA